AUGGAUUAUCAGUGCAGAACGUGUAGCCAAGCUUUAAAUGCUGAGCAAAUGAUGAAGCAUCUCUCAACGACGAGACAUAAAACAGUACUUGAUGCUUCUAAUGAUGAAGAGAUUUGCUGUGAGGAAUGCCAAGAUAAAAAUAUACAUCAACUUCAAAUCAUUAGAUUUGGAGGUGAAGAUAUGAUUUUGCUUUGUAAUUCGUGCUUCCGAAAAGAAUAUUCAGAAACGGAGCGUCCAUCAACCAGCUAUUCAUUACAAAACGGCUCCAUAUUGAAAUUUUGGGAAAAGUAUGUGAAAGUCAGGGAAUGUUGUUGUGAUGACUGUGGGGAAGAGUCGAAUUUGAAUGUAUAUAGGAAUGGAGAAGUACUCUGUGACAAAUGCUUGCAGAAGUCGAACAAAGCUAAAGACUUUGUCUCUGAAAAAAGUGGAAGAUUCUUAUACAUCUACCUGGGACUAAACGAAACACCAAAUAGCACUAGAAAGCCUAGAAAAAAGGGCGGCAGAAGGGUCGGUAGAGGAAAGAAGGGUAAGGAGGGUGGGAAGACUAAGAAGGAGAAAAAGGAAACUUUCGAGGCCAAAAUAAGCAGGAUCGCUUAUGAAGUUAAGAAAGAGAAUAGUACUAUUCAAAGCUCUAGCAACUUAAGUCUAAGAAAUUUUAAAGGGUUCAAAGCAGUGGAAAGCGAUCCAGAAAUUGCUGCAAAAGUAAGCAAAUCGGAGACUAGUAGGAAUAAUCUUAGCUUGUCAAAGGGAAACAAAGGGAAAGGAAAUAAGAUAAAUAACAAAAAAAAUAGUGGAAAUGGGGUAGGGAAGGAGAAGGAGAACAAAACAAACACUAGAAAUAAUAGCCGUAAUACGAAACAUAUACCAGAGGCCAGAAAAAAAGCCAGUGGUCGCGCUACAACAAACUCUGACGUAAAAAGCAAAACCAAAUCGGUCGAUAAACGUCAAUUACCGCAACCAAAAGUUUCGAAUGGAAGCGGGUUAGGUACCAGUAGUGCUACUACUUUGAAAAAGGGUAAAAAAGAAUAUGCAGACCAAAAGACUAACAGCAAUAAUAAAACGAGUAAUAAGAAUGCACGAGAAGCCAGACCAAAUUCAACUAGCAGAAAGAGUGCACUUAGCAAGAAACCAAAUAAUCAGGUGGAUAAGAAAACCAGUAAAUGGACAAUCGGCUCUGAUGCAGAAUCUUCCAGAGAACCUAGUGUUAGCCCAAAUGAGAACGCAACUCCAACUGCUAAAACGCGAAACCAGAAGAAGAAAGCUAACAAACCAGCGCUGAAGGAAAAAUCAUUACCUGCAAUAAUAUCAAAAAAAUCAGAGACAAGUUUACAUCAAGGUAAAAAUGUCGAAAAAACCAAGGAUGGGAAACUUAUUUAUGAAGAGGGUGAACCACUAACCAAAUAUAAUGCCUUCAAGCCGACCUUAUCAUACCCCGAUUUGAACGCAUACCUAAAUGAUUACUCGUUCGCUCUAUUCUUGGAACAGAAGUUAGAGAACGAUUUUAUUCAAAACUUCAACAUACUAUGGCCCCGCAAUGAAAAAGAUACAGCAUUUAUAAUCAAUGUUGACAAAAACAAUAAUCCCGAACUCGAAAAAUUACUGCCUGCAAAUUUGCUUGCGCUCGGUAGACCAGCGUUUAAUGAAAGGCAACCUUUUUUCUUUUGCACCCAGGAUGAACAGCAAAUUUGGUAUAUUUUCAUCAAAGAACUUUCUAUCCAAAGGGGUAAAUACGUUUUAUUGGUGGAACUAUUUUCGUGGAAUAAUUUGAGUUUGCCAACGAAAAACGGCUCAUCUCAAUUUAAGCUAUUGCCAACUUCUGCGCAGACGAGUAGAAUUUUAUUUGCCAUGACGCGUAUCACAAACCCAAAAUUUAUUGAUCUAUUGCUGGGUCAGAAGCCUAUUAAAGAGAUAUAUUUCGAUAAUAGGUUAAAGUUUUCCAGUGGUAAGCUAAAUAGAUCUCAGAAGACUGCAGUGGAACAUGUUUUAAACAAUAGCAUUACGAUUCUACAAGGCCCACCUGGCACAGGUAAGACAUCAACCAUAGAAGAGAUAAUCAUCCAAGUGAUUGAAAGAUUCCAUGCAUUCCCAAUAUUGUGUGUUGCCGCAUCCAAUAUUGCUAUUGAUAACAUUGCCGAGAAGAUUAUGGAAAAUAGACCGCAGAUAAAGAUCUUAAGAAUUUUGUCGAAGAAAAAGGAACAUCAAUACAGUGACGAUCACCCACUGGGCGAAAUUUGUCUCCACAAUAUUGUAUAUAAGAAUCUUUCCCCAGACAUGCAAGUUGUGGCGAACAGAACCCGUAGGGGCGAAAUGAUCUCCAAAUCGGAGGACACGAAGUUUUACAAAGAAAAAAAUCGUAUCACCAACAAGGUCGUAUCUCAAUCGCAAAUCAUUUUCACAACUAACAUCGCUGCAGGUGGUCGUGAACUAAAGGUUAUUAAAGAAUGCCCUGUGGUAAUAAUGGAUGAAGCCACACAGUCUUCAGAAGCUUCAACCUUAGUCCCACUUUCUUUACCAGGUAUAAGAAACUUCGUCUUUGUUGGUGACGAAAAGCAAUUAUCAAGUUUCAGCAAUAUCCCUCAACUGGAAACCUCGUUAUUCGAAAGAGUCUUGUCUAAUGGCACAUACAAGAACCCACUAAUGCUGGAUACGCAGUACAGAAUGCACCCAAAAAUUAGUGAAUUCCCCAUCAAGAAAAUCUAUAAUGGUGAAUUGAAGGACGGUGUGACCGAGGAACAAAAGGCAUGGCUUGGCGUGCAACAUCCGUUGUUUUUUUACCAGUGCGAUUUGGGACCCGAGAGCAGAGUGAGAAGCACGCAAAGGGACAUAGUCGGGUUUACGUACGAAAACAAACACGAAUGUGCAGAGAUCGUCAAGAUUAUCCAAAUACUAAUGUUAGACAAGAAAGUGCCGCUGGAAGAAAUUGGUGUCAUAACGCCCUAUUCUGCACAGCGUGAUCUGCUGUCUGACAUCUUGACCAAAAACGUAAUUAUUAACCCCAAACAGAUUUCUAUGCAACAAGAAUAUGAUGAAAUCGAGCUAUUUAACGCGGCUGGGUCCCAAGGAGCCGCCAGUAGUCUGCAAAACAAUGUGAUUAACAUCAUUAAUGGCCUACACGUCGCGACCGUAGACUCCUUUCAAGGCCACGAAAAAUCUUUCAUCAUAUUUUCAUGUGUCAGAAAUAACACCGAAAACAAAAUCGGCUUUUUACGCGACAAGAGAAGGUUAAACGUGGCAUUGACAAGAGCCAAGCACGGACUAAUUGUGGUGGGUAACAAGAAUGUCUUAAGAAAAGGAGACCCACUAUGGAAGGACUACAUUACCUACCUCGAGGAACAAGACGCCAUAUUCACUGAUCUCACAGCUUACUAG